CACUAGGUGAGCUGCCGCCGUGGGGCUGGUAUCGGGCGUCUCUUGCUCCAGAGUGAAGGAUUACACUUUGUAUCGUUACACAGACUUUAUAUCUUACAUUAUACUCAGACUUUAUAUCUUACAUUCAUACAUUUCCUGCAUGGCAGACGUCAUUGAUUCAAAAAUGAGCAGCUUGAGGGCGUUUAAGGAACCAUUUGGCAGAAGCAGCUCUGAACCUGUGGAGGACACAGACACAACCAGCUUUGUGGCAGAAUUUUCCCUGGAGGCCAAUUAUCCAGUGCAGGUCACAGAUCCUAAUGCAGAUGCUGUGACACUUCACCUGAGCUCCAUGCCCUCUGGAUACCUGAGCCCCUCCUCAGACAGAAUCAGACAGCCAGUUCAAGAUGUUGAAGAAUGCACCUGCCCAACAUCUACUUCACCAGACUACCCCAAAGAACUGCAGUUACUAAACAGCCCCUGUGAAAAGUGCUGCUGCCCGGCACCUCCUCCCAAGAUAAGUGAUCUCAUGAACGACAAAGAUCUCCUGGACUUAUUGCGGCUUAAGCUGGAUCCGAAUCACUGCACCAUCAAAAACUGGAAGAACUUUGCAAGUCGCUGGGGGAUGAGCUACGAUGAACUGACCCUGCUGGAGCACCGGACCCAGGGCUCCUUGUCCAACAGCCCCACCCAGGAGUUUCUGCUACGCUACAACCAGAAGACGGUCACUGAGCUCACCGAACUUUGCCGCAUCUACCAGCGCAUCGAUGUGCUGCGACUGCUGCAGAGCUGGAUAGAGAAAGACUGGCCGUCACGCUGGCAACAGGCUCAUUAACUCCCUGUAUAUUUUCCUUCUGUCAGGGUUGUACUUGUAAGGGAUUUCUUCUUCUUCAUAAGCUUUUCAUCGUUAGUAACUGUGGUCCAGGCUGAAAUAUUGUUGGAUGGAUUACCCUGAAAUUUGUACAGAUAUUCAUGCUUUUAAUUACCUGAAUUUCUCCCCAAGGGAUCAAGAAAGGCUUAUCCUAUGAUUCAUGGUCCCCAAAGUGAAUCCUAUGAACUGGCCAUCAGCAGGUCAAAAUUGUCACUAAUCAGGGGAAAAUAUCUCAACAUUUACUCUUUGGAUUGGUACACAUUUCUGUACAGACAUUCAUGUUUCCUAGAUAAGGUAUCCCAAUGACUGUUGUGAUCUCCUGACUACCACAACCACAAGGUUGACUUUUGUAUUUUUAGUGAAAUGUCAACAACUACUAUUGGAUGGUUUGCCAAGAAAUUUGGGGCAUUUGGGAUGAAUUGUAAUAAAUUUGGUGAUCCUUUUUCUGGAGCGCCAUCAUUAGUUUAAGAUUUUUAUUUGUCCAAUACAACUGGUUUUUGAUCAAAUUCCUGCUGAAAUCACACUCCCAUUACAUUACAUUACAUUACAGUCAUUUAGCAGACGCUUUUAUCCAAAGCGACUUACAGGAAGUGUAUUCAACAUCAGCCUCACCUGUACUUAGUGUCCUUUGUUUAGUGACCAUUUGUAAAAUAGUAGGAUUAUAUCACGCCAAUUUAAGAUGGUGAACAUAGUAAACAUUAUAUCUGUUAAACAUUGGCAUGUUUUGUAAAUUUCCCCGCUGCGGGACUAAUAAAGGAUUAUCUUAUUUUAUCUGUUAGCAUCUUCAUCAUGUGCAUGUUAGCAUGCCGAUGUUAGCAUUUAGCUCAAACCAGCGCUGUGCUUAAGUACAGCUCCACUGAGCCGAUAGCAUGGCAUAACACUCUUAGUCUUAUUAAUGUGCAUCAGACUGCAUAUGUCUGGAAAGCAAAAAAAGCCCAAAGGGAAUGUCAGAGUAUUUCUUUUUUAUUAAGACGCCAUGUAGGCAGGAUACAUGUCACAUCCUUUGAGUGAUAAUGGCCUAAUCUGUCUUUUUUACUGUUGUUUUAUUGUUGCAUCCAGUGUGGCUCUGGCAUUGGAAUGGAGCUAAGUGAACAAUAUCUGAAGAAGAUUCUACUUACAACUAUUAUAAUGAUUUCAUAAAUAUCUCUUAAAUUUGGUCAAACCACACAAUAUUCUACAAAAUAAAAAUAAAAUGUAGUUAAAUUUGCAAACCAAAACUAGAGUUAAAACUUUUG